AUGAUUUCCAGAAUUUGUAAAUCAGCUAUUAAAUUUAAUAACACCAGAUACUUUACUACAAAUGUUUCAACAUUAUUAAAUAAAGUUGAAAAAGAUUCAAGUGUUGAAAAUUUAGAUAAAGUAUUACAACAAGUUAAAGAUAAUGAUGUUAAAGAUAUUAGCAUUUAUAAUUCAUUAAUGCAAAAAUAUAGUAAAUUAAAUUUGGAUGCACAAUGUUCAGAUGUUUUCAUUACAGCAAGCACCAAUAAAAUUCAAGAUCAAUUUUCAAAGGAAUCAUUAGAUUCAUUUGAAAAAGUUUUAUCAAAUCACCUUUUAGAAGAUUUUGAUAGAAAGAGUAACCUCGAUUACAUUCAAAAGGAUUAUGAACAAUACAAAGCAGCUUUAACAAGAAAACCAUAA